GAUCACACUCACUCUACACAGAGACCUCUACAGCACAGACACCCAGCCAUGGCACCUACAGUACCUGCAGCACUGACCUACUCUAAGGAGCACCUGAUUCUGACCAACAAGCUGAGAAAGCCGAUGGUGGAGAAGAUGCGCAGAGAUCGUAUCAACAGCAGCAUUGAGCAGCUCAAGUCUCUCCUUGGACCAGCAUUUCUACAGCAGCAGCCAGACUCCAAGCUGGAGAAAGCAGACAUUCUGGAGAUGGCAGUUUUCUUCCUCAAACGGCAGCAGCAGCAGCUAGUGAGCAGCUCCUCCUCCUCCUCACUUGUCAGUCAGGGGUACUCCAGGUGUGCCCAAGAGAUCGAGCAUUUCCUGUCCAGGGAGGAAGUGAUGUCGCAAUCCCAGAGAAGACUCCUGAACCAUUUCCAGAACCUGCCACCUUCCUCUGAUCAAACUGAGUUUCAGAGUGUGUUUCUUCAGCUGAACUCUCCAGCCAGACAGACCACCAGCAAAGAGGAGACUCCAGUCAAAGGCGCCCUCUGGAGGCCCUGGUAGAGUCCUGCAGACUCUCACUGGACACUCAGACUAACAGAAUUGAAGAGACCUGUCUAAUAUGGGCCUGGACAGUAAUUCUCAGUGUGUAGGAAGUGUUUAUCUUCCUUUUCUGCAUGUGUAACAGGUUAACAAUAUUUGUAGAAUGAAGUAUAUGCUAAAAUUACAUAUGUUUACAUAUUUUCUAUUCUUCUUUCGUAAGAAUUUAUGAAAAAGUUAUGACAAAGUCAAUUAUAUGUAGCCUUUUAAAGGUUUAAAAAAAAAUACUAUUUCAUAGUAUGAAAAUGAGAAGUUCAACACAAGGUGUUUUGAAUAACGUUUGAAAAGAUUUUUUACUCACAUUGAGUUAGUAUUUUUAAUUACAGACUGAAUGGGAUUUUUUGAAAUCUUAUUUUUAUGUGAAUUAAAAAAAGAAAUGGUUUCCUCCAUGAAGAGAAGGCAAGAUCGAAUCUUCUAGCAUGUAAAUGCUUGAGAAAUGUUUAAGUGCUUAUACUGCCUCUACCUGUCUUUUAUAAAGGUCUUGUAAUGUACACUGUACAACCUAUGAAUGUCUGCAUGUCUUGGAUAUGAAUUCAAUCAAUUGUACUGAUCAUUUAUCACAGUUUAUAUUUGACUAAGAAUACCUUUUUCAAGAAUUGGAUGAUGUUACCUUCUGUGAAGGACUUCUGUUUUU